UGCAUAGAAUAGGUUCACCAAGCAUGAGGAGAUGUUCAGAUUCUGGAAUUACUCCAUUUUUUAAGCUAAACAUUUCUAGAAGAGAAAUGUCACAAAAUUCUUCAAUUUUAAUAGAGUAAUAGAGUGCAUUUCACAUACUUUUCACGUGCUAGUACUGACUAGAUUUUAAUGCUUUUGAUUAAAAUGAAACAACACUCUUUGCCAGCUAUCACACAAACAGUGCCAUGUUUGUCAUUCAGGUGAUGCCACAGUUUGAGCCGGUACACAGUGAUACAGUUAAUUUACCAAACUGAAGUUGUUGCCAUAGCUCCACUGUGGGAUAGCACAGAUCAAACAAAAGCCUUUUUCAGGAGUGCUAGUUCAAUCCUGACAUUCAUCUCUGGCUGUAACAAGGACGGGUCUGUUUCCUACAGCAGCGUAACAAGCAUAUUUAAAUGCUGCAGAGGAAAGAAAGAAGGAGAGGCAGCAGAUGCACUUUGCUUUGGGAAAAAAAAAUAGUCCAGCAAGAUUUGAGACUUCCUCUGCUAAAUGGUUUUAUCACAGCAGAUUACUUUGAGCUGAUCUUUUAGCCUCCUUUGGGACGGCCAGAGAAGAACAACUUGGCGUGACCUUUGCUCAACUGUCUUUUAAAUACAAGAAGUGGGAAUUCUGCUGUGCAGUGCAGAGCCUGUCAAGGAAGGUGGGAUAGCUACAGAGAAGAGUGCAAGAGAAGCAAAAUAACAAAGAUGGUAGGCAGCAAAAAACAAGGUACAGAAGAGGAAGCCCAGGAACCUCCCAGAUCUCAACACAAGACCCUGACGGCACCUGCCCCGUUUGCAGAUGAAACAAGCUGUCAGUGCCAAGCCCCCCAUGAGAAGCUAACCAUUGCACAAGCCCGCCUGGGGACACCAGCUGACAGACCUGUCAGAGUGUAUGCAGAUGGGAUAUUUGACCUCUUCCACUCUGGCCACGCUAGAGCUCUUAUGCAAGCCAAAACUCUUUUCCCAAAUAGCUACUUAUUAGUAGGAGUUUGCAGUGAUGAUUUAACACAUAAAUUCAAAGGCUUCACUGUGAUGAAUGAAACUGAGCGAUAUGAAGCCCUCAGACACUGUCGUUAUGUGGAUGAGGUCAUCAGAGAUGCACCCUGGACACUGACACCUGAAUUCCUUGAAAAACAUAAGAUUGACUUUGUAGCCCAUGAUGACAUCCCCUACUCCUCUGCUGGCUCAGAUGAUGUAUACAAACACAUAAAGGAGGCAGGAAUGUUUGUACCAACUCAGAGAACCGAAGGCAUCUCCACAUCCGAUAUCAUCACAAGGAUCGUGCGGGACUACGACGUCUACGCCCGGCGCAACCUCCAGCGAGGCUACACCGCCAAGCAGCUGAACGUCAGCUUCAUCAACGAGAAGAAAUAUCGCUUUCAGAACCAGGUGGACAAAAUGAAAGAAAAAGUCAAGAAUGUGGAAGAAAAAUCAAAAGAAUUUGUUUACAAGGUGGAAGAGAAGAGCCAUGACCUCAUUCAGAAAUGGGAAGAGAAGUCCAGGGAAUUCAUUGGCAACUUUUUAGAGCUGUUUGGACCCGAUGGAGCGUGGAAGCAGAUGUUCCAGGAGCGCAGCGGCAGGAUGCUGCAGGCCUUCUCUCCGCGGCAGAGCCCCAGCAGCAGCCCGACGCGAGGCCGCUCGCCGUCCCGCUCUCCGUCCCCACCCUGGCUCUUCAGUAAAGCCUCCCCUCCUUCUUCUCCCAAAGCUGCCUCCGCCUCCCUCAGCAGCAUGAGCGAGGGAGACGAGGAUGAGAAGUAAGAGAAAAGCUCUAUUUGUUUUAGCCAUGAGACAGAAGAACAAGCUAUGAACUCAACCACUGGAUGGGGAGAAGCACGAGGAGCAGCUGAGGGUAUCUCUGACAGCAGGAAACGUGCUCUGGGAGAAGAUGCUGAAAAACUGGAGCACAGCAAGGCAGAUCUCAGGAAGAGCUUAUCCUAUCCCCACUCCCUCGUGGUGCCUGGAGGUCAGGCCGGGCCAGCAGUGCUUGCCAGACAUGCUCCUGUGGACCGACAGAAGGACUCCUCUCUCUGCAGGCUCCUGUCCGUGCGUCACUGCCCUUGCAGCUGCUGCAGCCAGGCCAGCAGAGAACUCUGCAACCCGUGAGGCUGGCAGCCAGAGCCAGCACACAGGCAUGUGGUGGCUGCAGGCCAUGGAUGGAGAAGAUGCAGUUGUACUGGACACUACUAACCUUGAGCUCUUCUGGCACAUGAAGCAAUGGCACUGCUGCAGCAAAUGCAGCCAGAGACAGGAAACAGGAGACCUUUUUCCUCACUUUUUGAACAAAGCCUGUCCCAGACCUCAAACCGUGCCAGCAAAAUGGGAGAGCUCUCCAGCCAAGUUGGUGGAAAUCCAUUUAACAUAUUCAAGCUACUGAAUGCUGCUUGCUGACCAAGCCUCUGUGUGGGGUGUAGGUAGAGCUGGGCUGUGUUUGCUUUACCAAAUCGCCCUCUGUGUUCCUAGUGCCUGAGCAGCUACCUGAUCGCUUCUUGUCGCUCCCUGGCUUUGCACUGCGGAGGCAAGGAAGUAAAAGAAGAGUCAGCCCCAGCUGGAAUGUGGUGGUGUAGGAACCAGUUUGAAGACACCCAUGAUUUUUACUGGUGAAUUAUGGAAGACACAGGUGGAACCUCAAGGCCUUGGCACCUCCUAGAAAGCCCUGCUGCUUACAGCUACGUGUCGCUAAACAACGAGCACCGCAGUGCUGCUGUCCUCAGCUGCUACUCAGCUACUUCAAAACGAAUUGCUCAUCAACAGGGCUUGAAGAGGAACCCCUCCCACGGGAGUUCCGAGGCCACUCUUGGAAGAAAAGGUGGGAAGAACAAGGGAAACCUUUAAAACAGAGCUAGGCUUGGGGAUUGUCUUUGUGCUCACGACACCUGUAGAGCCUGAAGGAGAGCCACAGAAAAGGUAGCUUUCCCCUCCCCUCCAUGCACUGACUAGAUCUGCUUCCAGCUUGGCAAAGUCAGACCUGCCUGGUGUCCAGCUCCAACCCCUCGGCCCCACAGCCGGCCCUCGGUGAGGUGGUGGCUGCAGGAUUUCUGAGCACGGGGAGACCCCCACGCCCCGCGGCUGCAGGAGGCGCUAAGCCGCUAGCACCGCGUUAGGGCUGCAAAGCAGUGAUGUAGUUUUGCCUGGCACAGCCUCCUCAGCACAUGGGCACAUCGAAGCUCGCCAGCCCAGCAGUGGCUUGGUGUCAGGUCAGGGAGGUGCCACUGCCUCCCUGUCCCACCGAGAGCCUGGGCCUGUGGCACAGCAGCAAAAUGGGCACUGUGCCACCGCUGCCCACAGCUGCACACUCAUCAGGCCAGGCUGCGGGGUGCAGCACUAGGCAGCACGGCGCUAGCUUCCUGCAAAGGCAGUUAGGAGAGGGAGGGCUCCCAGUGCUUCUCAGAAUAACGAGGGGAAAAACCCAAACGACUGUAAAGGAACAUCCCUUUGAGUGCUGGGCUGCAAGUAUCUGCUGGCAGCAGUUCCCCCUAGGCCUCCAGGCUUGCCUCGUUGAGUGACCGAAGAGGGGAGUACCUUUCCGUUCUUCUUCUCCAGGUAACUUUCCAGGCAGGUCAGUUACAGACCUCUGUACCAGGCACCAAAUUAGCCUCACACUGUUCACUCCCUACAGCUUUCAUCCCUCACCCACUACUGGGCAAUUAAUGGUUCUUUAGGAACGCUUUACACACGCCCCCAGAGUGAGCCUGCGACAUCUUGUCGCUUGCUUUGUCUCCUGGAGUCGAGCCAGGUCCUUCCCCACUGAGCUGCAAAGAGAGGAGCAGGGAAUGAGGUAACCUACGGCUCUCACUGGGAAGCUCAGAGGGACAGCCACAGCCAGUUCAGCUGCCACCAGCUGUGCGCCUGAUGGGACGAUGCAAUCAAGACCUUUUCUCAGCCUUAGGCAACCUGUUACUGUAAUUUGAUACCUGGGAUGCACUCCUUCAGUUUUCCUGAACCUUAGCAAGUCUGAAGUCUUCCCAUCACAAACCACUCCCCCAGCACAGGAACUGUCUGCUCUCUGCUGGUGCUGUUUAUACGAUGAGCCAAGUUCAAACGCGGCAGAGGUGAGCAAGUUUUUGUUCUUCUUAACCCUUGGGGGGGGUUUGGUUUCUUUGCUUUGAUUUCAUAGCACUUAACUGUUCAGCAGCCCCUUCGCAAGUGGUUUGAGUGGAAGACAGCACCAUGACUUGUAAAUAGGAACUGGAACAAGCCUCACCAGUCACCUCUUCUGAACAGAAGCCGUUUCUCAGUCACAGGUGGCUGCCCAGCAACAAAGCCAUAGACUGUACCAGGCGGCCAUUCACACGUAGGAUACCAAUAAGCUGAAGCCUUUGCCCUGCUGGUACAGACACCAAUAUCCAUGUGCUGUCUCCAGCAAACCAGAACCUCAUGGAAGGCAAUUUUGCACUUCUGAGUCAUGGUUUGGGUUUUAUUUUUCAUGAGUGUUGCUUUAAUUCAGUCCUACUUUAUCAGCCAAGCUCCACCUGAAAAAUAAACAGCGUACAACAGCGA